GGACUACGAUCCCACGAAAUAUUGUGGGCGGCUUGUCGUUAAGAGCUUAUUAGUGUUUUAUUCUUAAGAACAUAAACAGUUUUUUGUAAAGAGUCUUUUAGGGAGCAAGAGAGAUGAUAAAAUUAAAGCGAAAAUGGAUGAAAUCUCGAAGGGAAGAUGACGGCAGAUUCUCAAUCCCAACUCAAGACGAUUCUCUACCCAUCGAAACUCAUCAACAAGAAGAGCUUGUAAGGUCAUUUGAACAGAAACAAACUCAACAGAGUCGUCUAUGGAGGGGUGUAUUUUCAACUCUUCUUAUCGGUUAUGUGGUGUUUAUGGUUUUCUCAAUCUAUCAACAAGCUUCAUUUCCUUGGGAAUUACGUUAUCAUGGUUACUUCAUGGGGGAGAUUGAUUCACGGAUGGUCAUUGCAGCAGACUGGAUAGCUGUUUUAACUUGUUUGCUGGCUGUUAAAGGUCUAUUUCAUAAUUCUAAAGCUAACCGGCAGUGGCUUAUCUACUCAUGCUUCACUGGUCUUUUAGUGGCAGCUUUCUGGUUAUAUCAUAUGUUAAGUCUGUCCAAAUUCCGUUGGGAUAUUAUAUGGCUUCCUCUUGGACCUUUGAGUGGUGCUGGGCUUAGCUUGUACAUUGAUCAUCUACUUAACGAGUCAUCAGAGGAAAUAAGAAAACUUCGAGCUUACAUGUAUUCUUACAAAGCUACCUGAAAAUGCUCAAUCCGUUCUACAAGUUGUUUCUCUAGUUUUACUUUGACUGUAAAGCUCUCGGUGAAUAUCACUUGGAUUUCUUGCUGAAAGGUAUAAUUUUGUACUUUUUUGUCCUGAUCCGAAAACAUGGCUGUUGUUUGCAGUGUGUCCACCAAGAGAUUGGCUGUAUAAAUUUGAACUGAAUCAAUUAGCUGACACAUUUUUAACGAUAUUCUUAGGACUGUAACAUGUAUAUAUACGAAAAUUGCUCA